AUGAAUCAUCUUGAAUUUAUUUCACAUCAAUUAAUGAUUAUAAUUGGUAUUUUUAUGUAUAUAUUUGGUACAAUAGGAAAUCUAUUAAAUAUAUAUGUAUUUUAUAUCUGGUCACGUUCAAAGAAACAUACAAGAAAAAGUUCAAAUAGUUAUCGAACAAGUAAUAGUUCACUUUAUUUAUUAACAGCUUCAAUAGGUAAUUUAAUUUUAAUUCUUUAUCCACUUUUAACACGAAUUAUAUUUGAUGGUUUUCAAUAUUCAGUUACAAGUAAUACUGUAGCAAUUUUAUGUAGAAUUCGUUAUUAUAUUUUACAUACAUCUGAUUUAAUGUCAAUAACAUGUAUAUGUAUGGCAACAUUCGAUAGAUAUUUAAUAUCAUCAAGAAAAGCUCGUUUAAGACGAUUAAGUACAACAAAAAAACGAACAAAACAAACAAUUUUUAUUAUUACUUGUUUAUAUAGUUUACAUAGCAUUCCAUUAGCUUAUUUCUUUGAUGUUUCUGGGACUGGUCAAUGUUCAAUAUCAUCAAGAACAUAUUUAUAUUAUUAUUUAUGGACAUUUCAAAUAAUUCUUCGUGGUUUAUUACCAAUAAGUUUCCUAACAAUCGUAUGUUUAUUAACAUUUAAACAAUUAAAUAAGAAUAAACGAGUAAAAUAUAAUGGUCAUUUAAGUCGUGAAAAACAAUUUUCUCGCAUGCUAUUAUUAAUAUCUUUAGCUAUAGUUUUAUCAUCAAUACCAUAUUGUAUAGAACAUAUAUAUUAUGUAAUGAUAUCAGAUAAUCGUUCAGAUCAAUCAUCAUUGACUUAUUUUUAUCAUGUUAUUUCUUCGAUAUUAUUCUAUACAAAUGCAGUAACUAGUUUUUAUAUAUUCUAUAUAUCUACACCGAAUUUUCGUGCUCAAGUACAACGUUUAAUUUAUUCUCAACGAAAUCUUCAUCAUAGAACUUCGAAACAAAUUAAAAUUAUUGUUAUUGAACGUAAUUCACGUAUAUAA